AUGCCCGCCAUGUCCAAGAUCUCCCUCUGCGCGGGCGCCGCCUUGGCAGCCACAGCCUUCGUGGCGCCGUCCACGCCGGCGACGAAGGUCGCCAGGGAGCACCUCCGGGCCGAGCAGCCCCGGGCAGGCGGCCUCAGCACCGGGCUCACGGUGACGGCGGGCCUCGCGGCCGUGGCCGCCGCCGCAUCGGCACGCCCGAGGCCUACGGCGGUCCGCGCCUAUGAUGCCUCCAAGGAGAUCGGCGCCUGCGAUCCCUUGCUCUUCUGGGAUCCCAUUGGCUACUGCCAGGGCGACUGCACGAAGCAGGACUUUGACCGCCGCCGCGCGGUGGAGCUGAAGCACGGGCGCAUCUGCAUGUUCGCCACCAUCGGCAUGCUGUGGCCAGAUCUGUUCGGAAAGUUCGAUGGUUACCUCUCGCCUUCGCAGAACUUGACGAAGUUCGCGGACGUGCCUUCCGGCCUGGCGGCCAUUUCCAAGGUGCCCCUGGAGGGCUGGCUGCAGGUCUUGCUGGUGGCGGGGCUCAUUGAGACCCAGCUCUUCAAGGACCAGUCUUUUGGUGGCUUCGCCUACGCCAAGUACGGCGAGCCGGGCAACUUCGGCACCGGGUACUGGGGCAGGAAGAUCAAGGACCCGGCGGAGCGCAAGCUGAAGCUCACCACGGAGCUGAACAACGGGCGCUUGGCCAUGACGGCCAUGGCCGGGAUGCUCAUCCAGAACGGGCUCACAGGCCAGGCGCCCAUCGAGCAGCUCACAGCGGGCCACAUCUCGCCCUUCAACGACGGCCAGGGCGCCUUUGCGCAGUUCGACCCUUCCAAGGAGCUGGGCGCCUGCCCGCCCUUGGGCUACUGGGACCCCUUCGGCAUGAUGGCCUUCCAGGAUGAGCAGAAGUUCCGCAAGAACCGGGAGCUGGAGCUGAAGCACGGCCGCAUCUGCAUGGUCGCCACCAUCGGCAUGAUCGUGCCAGACCUCUUUGGCCGCUUCGGAGGGUAUCUGUCUCCGUCCAUGAACCUGACGAAGUUCUCGGACAUUCCCUGCACCAUCGAGGCCAUCUACAAGGUGCCGGCGGCCGGGUGGCUGCAGAUCUUCGCCUUGGCCGGGGCGCUGGAGGCGAAGAAUCAGGCCUUCCCCACCAACUACGGGUACCCGCCCUUUUGGGGCCAGAUCAACACCCUCUCGGAGAAGAAGAAGAAGCUUCUGGCCGAGAUCAACAACGGACGCCUGGCGAUGAUGGCCAUGGCAGCCAUCGUGGCGCAGAACGGCGCCACGGGCCAGUCCUUGGUGGAGCAGUUCACCACAGGCAACCUGAACCCCUUCGUGGGCGGUUACGCCCAGCAGGAGAGCCGAAACAAGGUUGCACUGCGCGCCAACUCGGAGGCUCUGCCUUGGGCCCCGGUGCCGGAGAACCUGACCAACAACAUCGUGGGGCCCUACGUGGGCGACGCUGGCUUCGACCCUGCGGGCUUCGCCAAGAACAAGCGCCUACUGCCCUGGUACCGCGAGGCCGAGCUCGCUCACGGCCGCGUGUGCAUGCUCGCGGUGCUGGGCUACACGGUGCAGACCUCCGGCGCCAAGUGGGAGCCCUUCAUCACCCGCUACCCCACGGACUCCGCGGACCCUCUGAAGGCCGCCACCCAGGUGCCCAUCAUCGGGUGGCUGCAGAUCAUCACCGUCAUCGCUCUGUCGGAGCUGUGGCGGUAUGAGAACGUCAUCAGCAAGUAUGGUGAGGGCGUGCAGCCUGGGGAUCUGGGCUGGAACGUGGAUGCCCCGGCGGGCGGCAAGCGGCCCAAGUGGUUCGGCCCCACCUUCACCGCCAAGUACACCCCCCAGGAGUGGAACAACAUGAAGCUCAGGGAGAUCAAGCACUGCCGCUUGGCGAUGGUGGGCUUCUUCUUCAUGGUGCUGACCAAUGCCUCCACAGGCGCGGGCCCUUCGCUGAUCCCCAGCUUCACCCAGUCGGAGUUCCAGUCCAGCGUAAGGGCGGCCCACGCCAGCGCCCGCCUACUGCUGGAAGCUGAGGCUAUGCCCGCGAUGUCCAAGAUCGCCCUCUUCUCGGCCGGAGCUGCCGGCGCCGCCUUUGUGGUGCCGAGGUGCUGCGCGAGUUCGCCGGACCACGACCCGCUAGGCAGCUCCCUGCUCUUUGGCGCCGGGGUCGCCGGGGUGGCCGGCCUUGCGGCGUCGCUAACGACGACGCACCCCAGGACCUCAGUGGUCCGCUGCGCCUACGACGCCUCCAAGGAGAUCGGCGCCUGCGACCCGCUGCUCUUCUGGGAUCCCAUUGGCUACUGCCAGGGCGACUGCACGAAGCAGGACUUCGACCGCCGCCGCGCAGUGGAGCUGAAGCACGGGCGCAUCUGCAUGUUCGCCACCAUCGGCAUGGUGUGGCCGGACCUGUUCGGAAAGCUCGACGGCUACCUUUCCCCCUCGCAGAACCUGAAGUUUGCGGAGGUGCCGUCCGGCCUUGCGGCCAUCAGCAAGGUGCCCUUGGAAGGCUGGCUGCAGAUUCUGCUGGUGGCCGGGUUGAUUGAGACCCAGCUCUUCAAGGACCAGUCCUUCGGCGGCUUCGGCUACGCAAAGUACGGCGAGCCCGGGAACUUUGGCACCGGCUACUGGGGCAGAAAGAUCCAGGACCCGGCGGAGCGCAAGCUGAAGCUCACCACGGAGCUGAACAACGGGCGCUUGGCCAUGACGGCCUACUUCGGACCGGUUCACUUCGGUGGCUUCCUUGGUCUGGCAUUUGGGCUUCUUGGUGGACUUCGCCUUCGGUGGGUUCGUUUCCUUAUCUUGCUCUACGGCAUCCUGUUGGUCUUCUCCUUCGGUGCCUUCGCUCUGGUUUGUUGGAAGUUGGUGUGCCCCAUGACGGCGGUCACAGCCAAGGAUUUCUGCGUCUCGUGGAACGGAGAUGCUCAUCAAUGGCCAGAUUAUGUGCGGAAGGUGAGACUUCAAUACGAGAAGACGGCCCUGGAGAAGAGAUACCUGUUGGGUCCUGAGUUGGUGAGUCGGUUGACGGACAGAGCCUGGGAAGCUUGCUUCGAGAUCGACCAUGGACGUCUGCAAGGGCAACAUGGAGCGAAGUUUCUCCUCACUCAUCUUCGUGAUCGCUUAUGCCGAGCCCCUGUACCAGAUGCCGGAGCUCGCUUGGAAGAUCUUCUGAUCCGUUUGCGGCGGACACCCGGUACUCCCUUUUCUCAAUGGGCGCAUCAGGUUCGGGAAACCUAUCGUCGCCUUCAACGAGCUUUGGUUCGUGCGAGAGAGGAGUAUGACGAGAAGCGGGGCAAGGCCGCAGAUCGACAUCUGCUGUUUCCUUCAACACGGCCAAGACGAGCUUCGAUGGAGACUCAGUCCGAGCCGGAGCCACCUUCGGCAGACACUUCUCGGGAUAUUGGAUCACCUGCGAAGAGCACUCACAGCGCCCCUGCUGACGGCCAACGCGAUGAGGCUGGCGACUUAGAGGGCGAGAUCCACGAGAUAACCUGGGAAGGCGAGGACGGCAAGUGGACUGAGGCAGAUUGGCAGAAAUGGCGAGAGAUGGAAUCCAAGAACCAGAUCCUGAUGAUCUGCCCUGGGAUGAGUUGGAAGUGGAUACGAUGGAGGUGUUGCCCGACGAGGUCCUUGGAUGGUUGCUUCUCCGACGAGCUGGUCUCCCUGCGAGUUCUCGUUUGUCCGUACAAGCAGCGAUCGGAAACUCCUUGCGCUUCACGGAAGUGGAGCGCGCUCUACGCGAUCAAGAAGAAGAACUUCUUCAAGCUGAAGCUCGGGCAUGUGAACGACGCGGACCACAGAAGCGAUCGUACUGGGUGGAGCAGGAGCUUCCGGCGGAGGUGUACGCCCUAUCUGCUGCCGGUUCUGCAGGAACAGAAGCAAGUUGAUGAAGCCUAUGCUGCCUACGAAGAUAAGGUGCGCACCUUCGUCCAGGCGCGCACUCUCAUGAAGGACAAGGCGCGGAAUCGAGGACAGGCCAUGGUGGUCAUCAGCGGUUGGGAAGUUCCUGAUCUACCGGAGGAGGACGAUGAAGAUGGCCAUGGCUAUGAAUCCUACGCGGAUGAGGUGGAGACGGUUCAUGCCGAAGCUUGGACGGUGCAAGAAGCAGGACAUCGGUGCUACGCAGUUUUGGACAGUGGAGCGACGGAGACUGUGACGUCUUUGACCGCACUUACGGAGAUCAUGAACUACAGGAAGGAGCUGUUCGGUGACGAGGAUGUCAAGGUCUACCCGGCGGAUGGGAAAUCCUUCAGGUUCGGAAAUGGCCGAACUAUGCUAGCUUCAUCCUUUGUGGAGAUUCCGCAGUUCUUGAACGGCCAGAAGGUAUGGCUUGGCGCCUACACGCUGGACACCGAGGACGCCUUCGUUCCUAUGCUCAUCGGAAUGAGGACUCUGCAGAAGCUGGAGGCGGUCGUGGACUUUAGGUCUCGGCUCACUAUUUUUCCUACUUUGAGCCCAGAUAUGAUUACUUUGCAUCAGUGUCCGAGAACAGGACACCUGAUGAUAGACCUCUCAGCCGAUUGGGCCCGAACGAGUGCACACAUGGCGCUACUGGCUGAUUCUGGAGUUCAAGAGGGAUCGGUUGAGUUUGAGCCAGUGCAGGUUGCAACCGAUGGACAUGUUGGAGUUGAAGGGCAGUUGGAUGAAGAUGCUCAUGACCCAGCAGCUCGGAUCAAGCGUUUAUUCGCCUCCCGUCCUUCGGAAAACCCCGAGAGCAAUGGCCAUGGACCUGGCAACAAGCAGAUCAACAAGGACGUUCUGAACGGCCAGCAGGAAACUUUGUCAACAUGCAGUACUUCGGCCAGCAAGAAGGGGAAGGGCAAGGGAAAGAAGGCGAACAAGUUGAGCGAGGAUCAGAUCUACGACAUGGACCGGAAGGAGGGCCCGGACACACGGGAUCCCCGUUGGGAAGGAGGUCCAUGUGCUGGAAAGCAUCAGCCAGCACCGAUGGGACGCGGCUCCCCCAGCGGCAAGAACGGUUGGGCCAAGUGGACCACGUGCUCAGUGUGCAGGCUUCGUCUGGAGUACAUCCCGGCCUUCGGAGCCCACGGUCGUUAUCGGUCGGCGGGGCCCCUCGGGCAGGACGUGAAGGAUCAGCUGGAGGAGAAGCCGAACGAGAUCGCUUCGAACCCAGCCACUUUGAGCACAACGACGGUGGCCUUGGACGGAGCGGCAACAAAGAAGAUGCAGAAGCGGAACACCGACAUGACGGCGGAGGAGCUCGAGGAGCACGAGAGCCUGGCGAAGUUGGAGCAGACCGAGAAGGAGGAGUUGGACGAGUGGGACAAGAUGGACUUGCUGGAGGUGUGUUGCGCACCGGACAGCCUUUUGGCAUCUAUGGUGAAUGUCAUGGGCGGUGCUGCUGGACGGGUCACUGAGGCCAACAUGAACAUCAACACCGCAGCAGGUCUGGAGAGUCCUUUGCAAAGAUUGAACGAGCUGACCCCGGAGGGCUUCUACCGUUCACAGCAGAGAAAGAAGAAGUCGAGACGUUUGGUGAGACGUGGUUUGGAGCUGAUCAGGAUCCACGUCUUCGAGAAUGGAGAUGCGAUGUGGUUUGAGUGCUACCACGCGGAGGAGCUGGUCGCGCCGGUCACGGACAACCCCAAGCAGAAGGCCCCGGUGGAGGAGAUUCCGGAGGGUCUCUCCGUGCAACAGUGGCAACGCAGAAAGGACGUGGUCUAUCGCCUUCAUGUGCGAGCGGGACAUCCUUCAGUGCGGGCAUUGGUGGCCUCACUGAAAUCCAGAGGUUCGCAUCCGACAAUCGUGGAAGCUGCACGGCAACUUCGAUGUGAUGAUUGCGAUGAGACAAAGCGAUCCACGCCGGCAUCGAAGGCGAGCUUUCAUAGAGCUGACACCCUGUGGCACACUCUGCAGGUGGACAAUGCGGUUUUCCGGGUGGGUACUCGGACGUACCAUAUCAUGGUGAUGGUGGAUGAGGCCAGCACUUUCAUGGUUCCUCAUUUCCUGGCGGUCACGGAGGAGGACGAGCACGAGAAUGCAACUGGAGGUCAGGUUGUGAACGCUUUGCAGGAAUCGUGGGUUCGUUUCUUCGGAUACCCUUCGGUGAUCCGUCUGGACCCGGAAGGUGCUUUCAGAUCGCGAGUGCUGGAGGAGUACUGCGCAUCCCGCGACAUAGAGCUGGAACCAUGUGCAGCUGAAGCUCAUCAUCAGAUUGGUGUGGUGGAACGUUCUAUCGGUACUCUGAGGAAGUCGGUGGAGCGGUAUCUGCGAGCUGAAGCUUCCGAACCUUGGGCAGCCAUCAUGGCCAUGUGUGCGGCGCACAACGAGAUGGCUCGCGCUGGACGGCCCGGACAUAUUAUCUGGAUCACAGCUGCUGGACGUCUGAAGCGGGUUGCGCCUGAGCAGAUUUGGUUGGCCUCUGAGCGUGAGAAGCUUUUGGCGGAAGUUUCGGACCCUGGCAUGUUCCCCUGGACCAUUCAUGGUAUGUUGGAGAAUGUGGAGACGGGCCAGUUCGAUACCUACAAUGACAUUUUGGGUAGCGACAAAGCCGAGAUCACGGCGAAGCGGACGAGGAGCCUCACCACGCAGGACGCUCGUAAACGGCAUGAGAUCCUGGAAAAGCCUUUGCGUGUGACGUCUCGGAAGGACGCUUCAUCCUUUUUGGUUGAUGAGCCGGGCAUGCCGAGUGGAGGGGACAUUAUGUUUUGCCUUCAUGUGGACUUGCCGGGCAACGCCAAGGAUGAGAAGAUGUUCAAGCGUGACCCAGCCAGUUGGGUUGCUAAGAAGGUGAAGAAGUCCGCAGAGGUGAAGCUUGAGAACUUGACGGAAAGCCAGCGAGCUGACUUCAAGAAGGCCAAGGAUUUGGAGGUAUCUCAAUGGAUCCAAGCAGCCGCGUGCAAAGCUUUAGCAGAUGGCAAGGUUGCACCGCGUUCGAGGACCAUGAAGAUGCGUUGGGUUCUUACCUUCAAGCAAUCAGGUGCUGCGAAGGCUCGCAUUGUGAUUGUUGGGCUCACUGACCCUGAUCUGGACACGCUUCAGCGGGCAUCUCCCACGAUGACGAGGCGUACCCGUCAGCUCAUGAUGACCAUGGCGGCGGUUACAGGCUGGCAGCAAUGGAAAGGCGAUGCAAAGAGCGCUUUUCUUCAGAUGUCGGAGAACACUGAGGAGAGCCGAAGUGUUUUUGCCGUCCCGGUGGAUGAGCUGGCAGACGCAAUGGGUGUGGAACGGAAACGCGCGGUUCAGGUGAUUAAAUCUUGCUAUGGUUUGGCCAACGCCCCGUUUCAAUGGUUCCAGGAGAUCAAGGAGGUCACUUUGGACCACUCGACGUUUUGCACUUCAGUCAAUCUCAUUGAGCUGGACUCCAAGGAGAUGAACAGGUUGAAUUUGCAUGUUGGAGUGAUGCAGCACUUGCGAAUCGUCCUGACGGUGGCCGUACAGGUGCAAGCCUUCGGUGAAGGAGAAGAAGAACUGAUGUUCUGUCGUUUGGAAUGGGCCGAGAUGAUCGGCCAUGAGAUCGACCUCCGAUCCCCAGAGGCCACGUGCAGCAAGGUCGUUGGCAUCAUGAUCACAGAUGCAAAGAGCCUGUAUGACGUGGUGCAGAAAGGCCAGGCGCCCAUCGAGCAGCUGACGGCGGGGCACAUCUCGCCCUUCAACGACGGCCAGGGCGCCUUUGCGCAGUUCGACCCUUCCAAGGAGCUGGGCGCGUGCCCUCCCUUGGGCUACUGGGACCCCUUCGGCAUGAUGGCCUUCCAGGAGCUCGGAACCGCGGGUGAAACCGUGGGCCUUACGCCGCGGCCGCUCGAGGCCGCUUCGGCCAUGGCGAGCUUUGAUGCGCGCGACCACUUGCACGCCUUGCCUUCGCAGGGCUGCCACAUCCGAGUCAGCGUCGGGACGGGCGACCUGGACUUCCCCAUCGCCAUCUCCAACGCAGCCCUGUGGCGCAUGCCCGAGCUCGAGGUGGAGCAGGGCAGUCUCCAACACCAGGGCUUCCAGGGCAGCCUGCGGCUCUUUUUGGAGCGCGUGCAGCGAGAGGUUGAAGAGGCGAAGGCGCGGUACCCGGAGAGCGCGUGGAAGAGUUUCGACCUCUUUUUGCGGCGCCUGGAGGGGGUGCUGGCGGGUGACUCGGGAAAGCUGAGCUUGGAAGUGCGGGACCCCUCCGGCCUUAGCCACGUUGAUGCCGGACUGUCGCCAGAGCUCAACGCCUUCGAGCGCAGCGUGAGGGAAGAUUGGUCCUUGGGAGUUGACUACCCUCGCCCACGUCAGCGCAGCGAUGCCAAGUCUGUGGCGCGGCUGGUGCAAAAGUCCUCGCGAAUUGUGGCGCUCACUGGCGCCGGCAUUUCCGUGGAGUCCGGCCUCACACCCUUCCGCAGCGGCGACAAGGGUGGGGCGAUUUGGAAGGAGUUCGAUCCCCAGCAAAUGACGGUCAAGAACUUCAACAACGACCCAGAGGUGAGGGCGGCGUGGUGGUCGCUGGAGCGGAAGCUGCAUCGCGAGAUCUCGGCCGCAGAGCCCAACCCCGGCCACAGGUUCUUCGGGAUGCUGGAGCGGCGGGGCAAGCUCCAUGCGGUUAUCACACAGAACAUCGAUUCUCUGCACCAGAAGGGAGGUGUGAGCGACCGCAAGAUGAACGAACUCCACGGCCACAUGCGAACCAUCAUUUGCGCUGACCAACGAACCAGGCUCAACCCGGAGGUUUUCGGAGAAGGAGUCUGCGAUUAUUCGGCCGGUGGCAUGGAUCAAGUCAGCGAUGCUGCUGUGCCCCUGUGUCCCAAAUGCACAGCUCCACUUCGCUCGGAGACUGUGAUGUUCGACCAGGCAAUGCCAGAUGGGGCAGUGGAGAGCGCGCGCGAGGCUGUGAUUGGUGCCGAUCUGCUCAUUGUGGUUGGCUCCACUCUCAUCGUGGCGCCUGCCAACGAGCUCCCCGGCGAGGCUCUGCGCCGCAACACGCCCGUGGUCUUGGUGAACUUUGAUGAGACUCGCUACGACGACCAUGUCCACGUAUUGGUGCGGCAGCCUGCGGGCAAAUUCUUCGCAGAAGUUGCAGACAUCUUGUCCGGUCCGGUUCUGUCCGAUGGGGAGGACACGGAUGAGAUCUCACAGCUUCCGGAUUCUGCUCCUCCUGAGGUUUCCGCCUGGCCAGUUGCUGCCUCGGAGAGCAGCGGUGAUGAGCAGCUCUAUGGUGAUGACGACCUCUGCUAA